GGUGCUGGGAGUGCUCUCCGACAGGGCGUUUCGUCGAUGGCGUCCGCCGCCGCUCUCUUCGCUCCAAGGAAAUGCUUCAGCUUCUAUCGGCCGGAGCCGACCCCAACGCGCCGGUCGUUCGGGAGAGUCACUUCUCGCGGUCAGCUGGCAGCGAGGGCGGCUUUGCAGCCGUCGUCGAGGUGUUUGCGUGGAAGGCCGGAAGCCGCCUGGCGCCCCCACUGGUGGAUGCGCUCAUCCCGGCGCCGACCUCUCGUUUCUCUGCCGCCGAUUCCCGCGACCAAAGCCGAGGCGGCGCGACCGCGUUGCUUCCUUCAGCCGGGACACGGACACCCUCUACGAGGCAUGCCGCCACCAUGACGUCAUCGAGGGCGCCAUUGACCGUGCAGUCGAGCGGCUGGACCACCACAUGGUCCGCCAGGUGAUGGCCAUGAGCGACAUAUCGUCUGUGUCGCUGCGGCCGAGCUGGGCGACACUCAUGGCGACGGCGAUGCAGGUGUCCGCCAAUCAGCGGUACGACGGCCCCCAAGCCGCUGCGGUGCGUCAAAUCGCCGAGGCGUUCCUUCCCCCGUCAGCCCCUUCCUCUCCACCCGCCCCCCCUGCCGCUGAGGUCCGCUGCCGAGAGGAGCGUCGGUGGGUCUGUUCGUCUCUGUCCAGGUCGCUGAGUCGCCACCGGGUCCACCUGUACAGUGGUGACGACUGCAGGGGUGCGGACCACGUGCUGGUCUCAGCGGCUCGCUAUGGCGACGUGGCGCUUUUCCAGCUGGUGAUGGACAGGGGAGGGCGGCACGAGUGUGAGCUUGGGCAGAUGCUGAGGGCUGUGGGUGGCGUGGUGGAGGUCACUUUGAGGACUUUGGCCAAGGAGGCGAUUCACGCCGGAUCGACGGCCAUAGUUCGCCAUCUGGUGCUGCACGAGGGGGCCGAGCUGCCGGCCUCGAUCAUCACAGCGAAGUUCCCAUCCGCGGCCCCCACCCGCCAAGAGACCAGCAGCCUCACCGAGGCCAUUCGUCUGGGGGGCGACAUGGCCGUGCUGUGGCCAGAGGCAGUCAGGUGGGAUCGCAUCACUUCCUCCAAGCAGAGGAGACAACAGCUCCGAUUGGUCUACCAGGGCUAUCUGAAUCAGGUUGGUGGGCUGGCUCACGGAGGGAGGGAGGCAGUGAAGGGAUGGUCCCCUCCCUUGAUCCGAUCGAUCCGUCUCUGAUUUCCUCUCAGGUGUCUGUUUGUGUGGAGCGAAGGGCCAAGGCGGCCCUGACAACGCUCUCCUGCCUCUAUACGGCCGCCCACAGCCAUCCGGUCCUCUCAGCCGACGCUCAGUCCGCCCCCACACUCGGCCCGCUGCUCAUCCAGCAGCCCCCCCGCCACCUCCACUUCCCCACAUCCACGCCAUUCGGCCGCCGCAUCGCCAUCGCUCUCAACCACGCUGUCAAUUCAGUGGCCAUGGGCAGCACGGAGGGCUCGGACCAUCAGCAGGGUGCCGCAGCCACAUGGAGCAUCACUCACCAGCUGAGUCGGCCGCUGUUUGUGAUAGCUGGGGUGGAUGGCCGGCGUCUGUCGCUCUAUGACGUCAUCGAGAAAGCCAGGCGAGACGAGGCGGCCAAACACGGCCUGACAAUCGACGAGAGGGCCGGCAGCGACACGGCUUUCGAUUGGGCGGACGUGGGCUUCAUCGAGGACCGCCGAUUCGUGUCGCUGCGUCUCGACAGAGCCGUCAUUGCGGCCCAGCCCGCCGCCGGUGCUGCUCGUCCCGCCGUGAUGCAUCGCCGGUGGACGGCCGCUGACAUUGUCGCGCCGCCGCCUCGCAGUGUGUUCGGUCCCGCCAGCCCCCGGCCGCUCAUCGACCCCCAGGAGCUGCUGCACACCAAGGGAAGGGCCAUCUUCAGGUGGACGGGCAAUAUCCAUGACGACAAGCAGGUGACCCAACUGCAAUAAGUGAUCCGAUCUCACUCAAGGCCCUCUGUGUGUGUGUCGGUGCGUGUGUUGUAGGCCACUGCUGCUUCUGCCGGCGGUGCAUUGGCCGCGGCCCACUCAUUCUCCCUUCCCCACCCACCAGCCAUGCCGUCACCAUCAGUGGCGGGUCACAACGACCAGCCCGCCGUCUCAUCGGCAGCCAAUGAGGCCUCGCCACCCUCCCGGCCGCAUGAGUGACAGCAGCAGCCAGAUGGGCUGAUGGGGCGAGAGACAUAGAUGCAUCUGUGCGGACGAUAUGGAGAGAGACUGCAGAGAGAGGUGUGUGAGUGAGUCGGUCCGUAGCCUUUCGGGCUGAUCUCUUCUCCGUGUUCGCGGGGAGAUCAAGGUGCAUCCAUGGGUAGCAUAGCGUGCAUGUGUGUGUGUCCAAACGGCAGACAGGCAUGUGUUCCUUUCGUGAUGUCUAUGGAUGUGGACAAUCGAAUCCACCGACUGCGAAUGAACGGAUCUGGCAACC